AUGGAUCUGGAUAUUGUCGCAGAACAAUUGUACCCCUCAUUCUCCCACUAUACCAAAAGUAGCGAAGGAAUCAUGGCCACCAGAAUACGACACCCUGCCUAUGGUGGUGGUAUUUGGUUGUACACGUAUCUAUUAGUGGCAACUGUUGCAUUUUGCUCUGUCGGAUCAACUCUGGCUUGGACAUCAUCAUCAAGGCUGCCGUCGCUAUCUCCUAUCAACAACGGCAACACAAGAACACACGAUGACGAAACAAAAUCCUCGCUGUUCUUAUCCUCCACAUCACUCUCCUUGGACUUGGUGAACCAUAAUAAUGAUGAUAAUACCCCCGAUGAUGCCAACAGUUUUUUGCUACAAGCUGCCGCUGCCGUGACACAACAAUCUUGUGAACUCCUCGGCGUCAAGUCGGUGGGGGUAGACUAUGGACUCGCUAAAACGGGAAUUGCUGCCACAGUGGGAUACGAUCCCAAACCACUGGCCAUCUUGGCCGUACAAAAGAAUAACACGGCCAAACUCUGUCAAGAUAUUAUUCAAAUUUGUCAAUCGCAACAAGCCGCACAAAUCAUUGUCGGAUUGCCGUUGCACAAGAAUGGUACCGAAGCCGAACAGACGACCCUCACACGAGUCUUUGGUCGGGCACUGACCAAACUCACACGACAACAGUUGGGACCACACGUACCAAUCUACUUUUGGGAUGAACGGUACACGUCCAAAUAUGCGUUCGCAUUGGCCACCAGUGGGGACGAUGCCAAUACGGGCCGACUACGAAGCAAGGACGACUUGUACGGGAUGUUGGAUGCCGAUGCUGCCUGUAUUAUUUUGGAACAUUAUUACAGUAAAAAUGGACAAGGAGCUCAUGAAAUCAAACUGACCAAAGAGGAAGAAGCCGAGUGUUUGCAAGUGUGGCAAGCGACACAGGCGAACAACGAAAACAAACUGCAGGCAGCCACACAAGAGCGAAUGGGGGGAAGAUCGACGCAACGACAACAAGCCAUGGAGCGUGCCAGAGAACUCGAGGCACAAUUGCAACAGACAGGUGCACUGGGUGACUCUCGCAAAAAGAAGAAAAAGAAAAAGAAGAAGAAACGGGAAAAGCGAGGACCUUGGUUGUCGGCAGGAGGAGAGGAGAUUGCGGCGUAG